AGUUGGCUGCUUAUAUACAUAACCUAAAACUUUACUAUGUUGAUUUGAAUUCAAUAACAAAUCAGCAUCGGGUUCUUUUAGGUAACUUAGUGUAAGUGUUGUAUUAUUCUGGCGACAAUUUCAAAAUGGCUAAGGCUAAGGAAGUAGUCGCUUCUAAUACACCUGGGUCUACUGAUCCUAAAAAGAAGUUAAGACCUAGCAAAGUCAAGAGUUUGGCUAAACAUCAAGAGAAAAAAAAGGCUAAAGCAGCAAAAGGUGUCGUACAAAAGAAAACUAAACCAAAUUUAGCUAGUGGCACUGCUACAUGGAAAGUAGUGUACAAAAGUGGAACUUGGCGUUUUGUUCACCGCCCAACUGAAAAAAAAUUGCAUGCCAAAGCAAGAGCUGCUGGAAAGCCAAUUGAAACACCAAAAAAGAAAAAAUCUGUUAUUGUUAAGCCAAUCAAGGGUGAAAAGAAUGGUGAAACUCGCUUAGUGCAUACUGUUAAACGAAAAGCCUACUACCCAACCUUGAAAAAGCCUAAGAAGCACAGAUCUCGUGGACUCUUUAAAAAUCACAAACGUAACACACGCUCUUCUUUGACUCCAGGAACAAUUGUUAUUUUGUUAACUGGUGUUCACAAAGGUAAACGAGCAAUUUUAUUGAAAGUACUUGAUUCUGGUUUACUAUUGAUCACUGGUCCAUUCAUUUUGAAUGCUAUUCCUCUAAGACGUGUCCAUCAAGGUCAUGUAAUUGCUACUAAGACUAAGUUGGAUAUAUCCAGUGUUAAACUUCCAGAACAAGUUGACGAUAAAUAUUUUAAGCGAGUUCAAUUAAAGAAGAAACCUAAAAAGAAUGAAAGCAAAAGCUUGUUUGUUGCUAAACCAAAAACCUAUCGACCAUCUGAGACUAGGAAGUCUGAUCAAAAAUUGGUAGAUGCUGAAGUAUUGAAUAUUCUGAAGAAACAUCCAGCUAAAAAGUCACUUUUCUUGUACCUUUCAUCAAUGUUUGGUUUAAGAAAUAACCAAUAUCCACACAGAAUGCAAUUUUAAGCAAUCUUUGUGUAUUAAGUUGUUUCUAUUUUGUAUGAAUACAUGACGAAUAUAAUUGAUUGUGUAUUUUUA